AUGAAUCAGAACUUGGGGUGUCAAACUAAACUAACUCAGUUUGCUCCUCUAUCUCCUGAGGAAGAAGAAACUUCUAGCUUAGGUUCCUUGUUUUCGCGCUGGAGCUUUAGUUUUAGGAGAACUCCUCCUGAAGAAAAUAAAGCAGUAGGAGCUGACACCGAGGCUAGUAAUGAACUCCCAACGGAUAAAAAAGAAGUGGACAAUCAGUACAUUAAAUCUAAGGAAGGUUCGGAAGAAGAAGAAGAACUUGAUGACAAUAAUUUUGAAAAUAAAAUUCCCUUUUAUCUAACAGAAGGAAGAAGUCUUCCUAAUGUUCUACGGAGGAUAAGUAAUUUAUUAGCAGUUAAGAAUUCUGGUAAACAGUCCUAUAAAGAUACUGACCUCAAGCAGUAUUGGAUGCCAGAUUCUGUUAGUAAAGAAUGCUAUGACUGUGGAGAAAAAUUUACCACAUUUAGGAGAAGACAUCACUGUAGGGUAUGUGGCCAAAUAUUCUGUUCUCGAUGUUGCAAUCAAGAAAUUCCUGGAAAAAUAAUGAAUUGUAAUGGUGAUCUUCGUGUAUGCACAUACUGUGGUAAAGUUGUCCUUUCAUAUUUACAAUCUCCGGAUAUGGCAGCUCAUCUAUCUGCAGACCUCAGAGCCCUUCAAGAAGAUCUUCAAGUCAAGUUUGGAGAUCCUUUGCUGAUGACUACAGCCCAUCAUGGCAGCAAUCCCAGUCUUACCCCUGACAGAGAAGACAGCGUGGCUAGAAGAAAACCAUCUCUUGGUUAUCAGGAAGAAAAAUUUGCUAAUUCCAGGUCCGAUCCUGGUCGUAGCUCUAUGAGAUGUCUUUUAGAUGAAGCUGUUAUUUCUGGUGGUCUCAAUAUUUCAACACAUCGUUACCGAUUGAGAACCUACAGUAACUGCUUCUUAGCCAGUCAGCUUGUUGACUGGCUUGUUCAACAUAAUAAAGCAGCAAGCAGGAUACAGGGAGUGGUAUUGGGACAGGCAAUGUUACAAUCUGGUUAUAUAGAGUGCGUUAGCUUAGAUACAACCCAGUUCUCAGAUGGUAAUUCACUGUAUAGGAUUCUCCCUAAAGAAGUUUUGCAAGAAGAGGGCAGAAAUGAUUCAAGUGCUGAUUCUGAAUCAGAAUAUGUACCAUCAGAAGCCAGUUUAAAAACUUCAAAUUCAAUUUUUGAUUUAGAUCUCAACCUUGAAGAGAAAACAGUUCUUGUUAGCAAACCACCACCAAAACUAGAAGAACCACUAUCUGAUAAAAGUUUUGAACACGGUAAACAGAAUUCUGCUACUGAUAUGAUUGGUGAAAGUGGUUUUAAAGCUGUUACUGAUGCUUAUUCAGCGGAAAGUGAAGUACCACCAGCAAUAGACUGGCAUACUAUUCAGGAAAAUACUCUUAAAGAGGAGGAUAGACAAUCUUACAAUGUCCUCAAAGCAGCAUUCUCUCAACAUUGCAACACAUAUUUCCGGCAACUUCUUAAUAUGCAAGGUGUUCCUCAGAAUUGGACUGAAGUCCUUACACCUCUGGUUCAGAGAGUUGCUGGUACAAUUCGACCUGAGGUUUCACGACCUGAUGAUAUGGACAUACGCUUGUAUGUUCAAAUAAAAAAAGUUCCUGGUGGGGAGCGUAGUGAAUGUUGCAUAAUCAAUGGUGUUGUUUGUUCUAAAAAUGUAGCUCAUAGAGCAAUGCCUACAAAAAUAGUUAAUCCUAAAAUACUACUUCUUAAUUCAGCUAUUAUGUAUCAGAGAGUUGAAGGAAAAUACCUAUCCCUAGAGCCCGUAAUCAUGCAGGAGCAGGAAUAUGUGGAUCGCGCUGUCGCAAAGAUAUUAGGACUUGGUCCAAAUUUAGUUCUUGUUGGAAAAAGUGUUUCACGCCUAGCCCAAGAAUCCUUAUUAGCUCAUGGUAUAACGCUUGUACUUAAUCUCAAACCUUCUGUGCUUGAAAGAGUUGCUCGAAUCACAGGUGCAGAUAUCAUUACAUCAGUCGACCCACAAUUGAGAAGUCCGAGAUUGGGUAGAGCUAGCCUGUUUUCUGUAUCUUCAUAUAUUACUGAUACAGGUAGGAAGAAGACGCUCAUGAUGUUUGAAGGUUGCCCAGCGCCGCAUCUUGGAUGUACGAUUCUCUUGAGAGGAGCUUCAGGACAGGACCUUGCUAAACUGAAGAAAGUCACAAAGGAAUACAUAUUUGCGUUGUAUAAUUCUUAUUUGGAGUUAUCCUACCUUAUGGAUGCUGAAGCUCAACCACCAAGCCCUUCUGAUAAUGUGUUUGAGGAAUCUGAAAACGAAAUAAAGUCUCAAUAUGAAGAAAAACCUCAUAAAAGAAUUAGGUUAGAAGAACGGAAUUCAGAAGAAGUCAUCAGUAGCAGACCUGUUUCUUCAGAAGCUGUCAGUGAUUUCAGUGACCCUCUCCGAUCACAUAUAUAUCCUGAAGAUGAAACUGUCUCAGAAAAGGUUUCAAUUCAGCAAGAGUUUUCUGUUUCAGAAUUGCCUCUCUGUAAUAAAUUCAGAAAGGCACUAGAAGAAAAUAUUUUGAGCAUAUCUCCAUUUUUAAAGUUUCAGCUUCCAUAUCUUGAAACAGAAAAUGGCCGCAACUGUCCCUUACGAAUGUUUUUUGGUAGAAAGAUAUAUUGGUCUCUUCAAUUCUCAGACGAGCCUCUAAAGCCGAAAUGCAUCCCUUUUAACGAACCGCCGUCUCUUAUGAAACGAUUAGAAUCUGUUAAGUUGAAAGAAGUUCAUGAGUUAGUGAAAGCUAAGCUAACCCAAUCAUUAGAAUCUUAUGAGGUUCAAAAGCUUCUAGCACAUUAUCGUGCAACAGGAGGUCGACUUCCACUCAUACCUUAUGAAACACCUCAGGUCAAACCAGUUCAAAGUUAUUCUGGACCGAAGGAUGUCCUAGAUCCUGAAAAUCAUCAACGACUUUCAGUGUUACUUUCCAGUUAUUCUCCUGUUUCUAGGGUGGCCCCUGAAUUUUGUGUAAACCCGUCGAUAGUAGAAAUGGAAUUUUAUGGAAGAAAUGACAUAGCUCUUGGUGCAUUUCUUGAGAGAUACUGCUUUCGAUUUGACUGCACUUCAGCUUCUUGUGAUGUUCCUAUGUCUGCCCACACUAGAAGGUUCGUUCAUUCCAAUGGAGCACUGAACAUUAAAGUGAGAAAUCUCGAAAGUCCUUUACCCUCUGCUAAAAUCCUUAUGUGGACUUGGUGCCCUAAAUGUCCUGUGGUAACGAACAUUAGGUGCAUGUCUCCUUCCACCUGGUCGCUUUCCUUUGCCAAAUACCUUGAACUCCGUUUCCAUGGAGAUAUGUACACAUUGAGGGCAAAAGACAGCUGUAACCAUUCUCUGCAUCAAGAGUGUGUUCAGUAUUUCGGCUUAAACAAUACACUUGCCUCAUUCAGGUUCUCGAAAAUUUCUAUUUGGGAAAUAUGCUUUCCUCCAAAAGUUUUGAACACUGAGCGGGAACCUUUUGACGAAAGGAAGAGUGAAGUUGAAGAGGAGUUAAAAACUUAUAAUUUGAUGAUAGCCCAAUUCUUUAAUACUAUUCUGAACAAAAUUAUGGUUCUGCCUGUUUCUGAAACUGCUUGUACCACAUCAAUGAUAAGUGGGUGGAGGCAACAAUUAGUAAAAGAUCAAGCAUCAUUUAAAGUUCGAGUUGAGGAUAUUCAACAAAAAUUGUCUUCUUCUGUGGAUGAUAAGUCAUCAGUUGGAGAUAUAUGGUGUUUGGAUGAUAUGUUGGUCAUGUUGAGAAGAUGUUUUGCUGCAACAAUCGAAGACUGGAAUUUUAGAUUAUCCAGUAUCGAGGCCAAUCAAUCAAAAAAGAAAGAUGACAAAAGAAAGUCUUUGGAGAGCAGAUCUUCCCAGAAUGCCCUUAAUGACUUUAUAGAAGGAGUUGCUGAGGGCAUGGCAGAAGAUAAUUUAGAAACCUCUGAAUGUCAUUUGGCUGAAGACUCUGUUGUGGAUCUCGAUGAUCAGAAGGUUCCAAAUGAUGGUACAGAAGUUGAUAUAACAGAUUUGGAAGAUGGGGACACAGUAUUACAAAUAGCCACUGAGAUAAAACCUACUGUUAGCGACAAGAAAAGUGUUAAGACAAUUCUUUCUCAGCUUCUACCGAAUUCAUCCACUUAUACUGCAGUACAGAGUCCUUUAGGUCAAACGGAACAUUACACCCUGCCUCUCGGUUACUUAAUGCCUAUAAUUGUGUACGAGAGGGAGCCUUCUUCAAUUAUUGCUUAUGUUCUUAGCUCACAUGAUUAUAAAAUUGCUUUUGAACAAUUGAGGACCAAAUCCACAGAUCAGACACCUUCCAGCCCCAUUUCUAAAAAGAAAAGCCUGCUAGAUGUAUCAAAAGACUCAUCUGAUACAGGGAGCAUGGGCAGUCGAAGCGGUGUUCUUUCUUUUCUCAGAACUCCUUCCACAGGAUCAAGUGAGAAACUAAAACCUGGAGAAGCUAGCCAGUAUAGUACUUCACCAUCUGAUGUUUUCAUGGAAGAUGAAACUAAAGAAGGAAAACCGACUAAAAGCCAGUCUCCAUAUAUUGAAGUGAAUUUUUGUAUAUUGUUUGACAUGUUUUUCUCUCUGAUUACUUUUUGAUAAUGAGAUGUUUUAAUAUCUUUUCUAUAGGUUUCCUUUAGUGAUUCGACAGCUAGUUUUCGUGUUAAGGUCUUUUUUCCUGAAGAUUUCAAUCGCUUGAGGUCACUUGUAUUACCUGAAGGAGAAGAAGGUUAUAUUAGAUCUUUAUCGAGAUGCGUGGCGUGGGCCGCAUCUGGUGGAAAAUCUGGAUCAAAUUUCAAUAAGACAAAAGAUGAUCGAUUUAUACUUAAAGAAAUGACACGAAUAGAAACACAGAUAUUUGUUGAUUUUGCACCACAGUAUUUCACUUAUAUGGAAGCUUGUGUGAAAACCAAAGCCCCUACUUUGCUGGGAAAGAUUCUUGGAGUUUAUCGCAUUACCUGCAAAAGUGAAACAACAAAUACAACUUUUAGAUCCAGUUUACUAGUCAUGGAACAUUUGUUUCAUGGUCGGGUUGUGGAAAACAAAUUUGAUUUGAAAGGUUCAAUGAGAAACAGAUUAGUCGACACUACCCUUGGAGCUCAUAGAGAAACAGUUCUUCUGGAUGAGAACCUCAUGAAUAUGACUUGUGAUGAUCCUCUUUAUAUACUGCCUCAUUCUAAAACAGUGUUGAUGCAGGCUAUACAAAAUGACACUCAGUUUCUUGCUACACAAUCAGUAAUGGACUAUUCCCUUCUGGUAGGAUUGGACAUUUCCAAUCGAGAGCUUGUAGUUGGCAUAAUUGAUUAUAUUAGAACAUUCACGUGGGAUAAAAAACUAGAAACAAUGGUGAAGCGGCUCGGACAAGGCAAACAACCAACUAUAAUUUCACCUGAUGAGUAUCGAAAGAGAUUCAUAGCUGCAAUGAACAGAUAUUUCCUGCCCGUUCCUGAUAGAUGGGCUGGUCUUGGUCUUGGUAUUGAUUGAUUGAUUGUAUUUCCCUGACUAUAAUUGUAGAGAUGCUUUUUUAAAAAAUUGAAGUCACUGGGAUCAAAAAUGCUAAUCUAAUUUAAAUUUUAAUCAAAACUUCAAUCAUCCAGUAAUAUAUUGUGUGUGUUAAUUUUAAUCUUGAGUCGAAAUGCUCAAUUUAUUUACUGUUGUUUCCUUUGAAAUGGAAACGUUGUUUAAUUAUUACUGUUAGUUAAUUUCUUUUUGCCUUAUUAUUACUUGUCCACUAUUAUUUAUCUGAAUUUUAAGGUUCGUGAAUGGAUCAGAUAUUUAU